UCUCUCUCUCUUCCCCCCUCCCCGUCUUGCCCCCACCCAAACCCUAGCAAGACCUCCCAACAUGGCCGCCGCCGCCACCGCCGCCGCCGACCAGGCUACGGAUUUGCUGCAGAAACUGGCUCUGGACACGACUGGCGACGCCGGCGACGUCUUGGCGACCAAGGAGAAGGUUCCGGCAAAGGGCGCGGUGGCGGCCGUAGGGAGUCUGCAGCAGGGGGUGGAGACUUUACAGGUGCAGGACUACAAGGAUGCGAGCAUGUACUAUGGUGCUUACCCGGCUUACGCCUAUGGAGCCUAUGGUGGAUGGGGGGAUUACUCCACAUACUUGAGCCAUGAGGGAGCACAGACACCAACUUCUGGUGCCUAUGCUGACAUGUACUAUGGCUAUGCUCCAUAUGGUGUUGCAGCGUUGGGGCAUGAUGGUCAGAUUUAUGGGUCUCAGAAUUACCAGUACCCAUCGACAUACAACAAGCAGCAGAAUUCCACUGCCAAGCUGUCAUCCAAUGUUAAAAGUGAAAAGGUCACUCCAUCGCCACAAGGGGAUGUCUCCUCUAUUGGCAUCGAUGGGGUGAAGAGUCUGAAAAAUUCAAACUCGUCCCUGAAGUCAGACCGGCCAGUUUCCAAUGGUUCGUAUGGACGAUCUAGUGGGCGUUCUGGUAGCUACCAGAACCUGACUAACUGGUCAGCCUAUCCAUAUUACAGUAGCGAGAUGUUCUCUGACAAGCAGCAAAAACUUCCCAGCAAUUGCAAUUCAACCGCUUUUAAUACUAAAACCAAGGGUCAGUCUAGGAAUCAAAACACGAGACAGUAUCCUCAUCUCAUGACACCAACUUCACCAAUGGGAUCCCCGUCGAUUUACUCAGCUAAUGGAAUCUAUGGGUAUGACUCAUAUGGACCUGGCCUUUGGUAUGGAUCGCACAUGUAUAGUUCUGGGUAUGGUGGAUGGAAUGGGCUGUAUGAUGGAAAGUACAGGCCCAGAGGCAGAGAUAAUGGGUAUUAUGCUUAUGGCAAUGGAAGCCUAGAUGGUUUCAAUGAGCUGAAAAGAGGACCAAGAAGUGGUCUGUACAAAAGUCAGCAAGGGCUUGGAGCUACUACUGAAGUACCUGCAAAAGAGCAGGAUCUGUCAGCUACUAAUGGCUCACAUGCUGCCGUGAAGAAUCAGUAUAACCUGGCUGACUUUGCGGAAACAUACUCAGAGGCCAAAUUCUUUAUUAUUAAAUCAUACAGUGAGGAUGACGUUCACAAAAGCAUUAAGUACAAUGUGUGGGCUAGCACUCCCAAUGGUAAUAAGAAGCUUGAUGCCGCCUAUCAAGAGGCUAAAGAAAAAUCAAGUGAAACUCCUGUCUUCCUUCUUUUCUCCGUGAAUGCCAGUGGUCAGUUUGUUGGCCUCGCUGAGAUGGUGGGUCGUGUUGAUUUUAACAAGACAGUGGAGCAUUGGCAACAGGACAAGUGGACUGGUUGUUUCCCUGUCAAGUGGCACAUUGUGAAGGAUGUUCCAAACAGCUUGCUAAAGCACAUCAUUCUCGAGAACAAUGAGAACAAGCCGGUGACAAACAGCAGAGAUACACAUGAGGUGAAGCUUGAGCAAGGCCUUCAAGUGCUUAAGAUUUUCAAGGAUCAUGUCUGCAAGACAUCCAUACUGGAUGACUUUGGCUUUUAUGAUAACCGUGAGAAGAUGAUGCAAGAGAGGAAAGCAAAGCAGCAGCAGUCACUGAAGAAGGUCAUCGAUGUGAAGCUGCCUAAUUCGGCCGAUGCAGAGAAGAAAAGUCUCGAAGGGGAGACUGUAUCAACUGAACUCACAAAGGUUGAGGUUGAAGUUUUGAACAAAGAGCCUUCACUUGACAAGGAGAGAAAUGAUGCAAAAGGAAAUGGUGUUGCCCCAGAAGAUCUGAAAUCUCCAACUGAGAAGUUGGCAAGUGCAAAUGGCUGCUAAUAUUUUAGUCAUCAGCUCAGCCACUGCUGGUGGUAUGGGGCAAAACCUAUAUAUGUUGUGGGGUUUGAGUUUGAGGCAAUUCGAGAUCCCAUUAAGCUUAUUUCUUGUUCCUGUUUCCUACUUCCCCAUAGCUUGCUAGAGGUUUAGUUAGUUGCUUGUGUUUGGUGAUAGUUGUGGUCUGUGUUCUGGCAUAUCAGAUAUUUAGGAGUAGAAGGAUGAUUGACUGGGUUUUCCAAUGAUGGAUCUUGGGUUUGAGGAAGUAUUUUCAUUUACUUUCUGCCUGUUUCUGAAUUUAAUUCUCUACCUCACUGAAUUCUGGACAAGUUUAGCUCCUUUUAUGUUAGCUGGUGUAAGAACCUGAAAUGAACCUGGGAAUUUGAUCUAGCAAUUUACAUAUCAUUUGUUAGUGUGAAAA